GACACCUCGGGAGGACAUUUACAUCCAGGGACACGCACGGACACAUAGCACCAUUUCUCAUCUCGUUUUAUUUGCUUGUAUUAAAAAAAAAAAAGGAAAAAUGUGAAGAAGGGGUGGUGCAUGUGAGCUAGAGAUCCUAUUACACAGAGCCAGACUUUUUCAAGUUUUUGGAGGUGGGGGGAGGGCGACGCUGCAAGAUCUCUCUCUGUCUUUCUGCUUUUACCUAAACUGCUUAAAUCAAUACUUGAGACUGCGCUUUUUUAUUUGCCUUCAGCCUUUUUUUUUAAUACUGAUUUAUUUGAGGACAUCUUUUGGCUGGUUUGGCUCGGACAAUGAAGGAAUUCGUGUCAGAGCAGCAGCGGGGAUCUGUCGGGACGAGCGCACUGGAAAACUUUUUAAGGACUGCGAGAAAACUUUGAGAGGAAACUGCGGACUUUUUCCCGGAACAUGCGCGCGUUUGGAAAACUUUCCCAAAUCGUGCGAUCCCCACUUGGAUUGAUGACUGAAGCCUAGAGAGUAAUAAAAAGCGAGCCUUUUUCUCCUUGGUUUUGCCCAGCUGAAGCAGCAAGAUGUCGUCCUGCUGCAGCUCCAUUGUUGGCUUGUGUUGGAUGCUGUGGGCCGCCGGGCUGCCCGGCUGCUGGGCGGCUCUGGCUCCCAACGGGACCAUGUUUGAGGAUCUCUGCAAGAAAACCACCACCUGUGAAGCUCUCAAGUACAACACUUGCUUGGGAUCUCCCCUGCCCUACACGCACACCUCCCUGGUCCUCGCAGAGGACUCCAGCACCCAGGAAGAGGCUUUCGAGAAGCUGACCAUGUGGUCUGGUUUGCGAAACGCUCCCCGCUGUUGGUCAGUCAUCCAGCCGUUGCUCUGCGCCAUCUACAUGCCCAAAUGCGAGAACGGGCACGUGGAGCUGCCCAGCCAGAGCCUGUGUCUGGCCACCCGACGGCCUUGCAGCAUUGUGGAUCAGGAGAGAGGCUGGCCCACCUUCCUUACAUGUGACCAAUUCCCCGUGGGCUGUUCGAAUGAGGUGCAGAAGCUGAAGUUCAACACGUCGGGCCAGUGUGAAGCUCCCCUGGUGAAGACGGAUAUUCAGUCCAGUUGGUACAAGGACGUGGAGGGCUGUGGCAUCCAGUGUGACAACCCCUUAUUCACCGAAGAGGAGCACAAUGACAUGCACGCCUACAUCGCUUACUUUGGCACCAUCACCCUCCUCUGCACCUUCUUCACCCUGGCCACAUUUCUUGCUGACUGGAAAAACUCCAACCGCUACCCAGCCGUCAUCCUCUUCUACAUCAAUGCCUGCUUCUUUGUGGGCAGCAUCGGCUGGCUGGCACAGUUUCUGGAUGGUGCGCGUGACGAGAUAGUGUGCAAAAGCGACAACACGAUGCGACUCGGAGAGCCCUCGUCCUCAGAAACGCUGUCAUGCGUCACGAUCUUCAUCAUCGUCUACUACUCCCUCAUGUCGGGGGUGAUCUGGUUCGUCAUGCUGACCUAUGCCUGGCACACGUCCUUCAAAGCCCUGGGCACCACCCAGCAGCCGCUGUCCGGUCGGACCUCCUACUUCCACAUGGUCACCUGGUCCAUCCCCUUUGUCCUCACUGUCGCCAUCCUCGCCAUCGCGGAGGUGGAUGGAGACUCGGUGAGCGGCAUCUGCUUUGUGGGCUACAAGAACUACAGGUACCGUGCUGGGUUCGUGCUGGCACCCAUCGGCGUGGUGCUCGUCGUCGGGGGCUACUUCCUCAUUCGAGGUGUCAUGACGUUAUUUUCCAUCAAGAGCAACCACCCAGGCUUGCUAAGUGAGAAAGCAGCCAGCAAAAUCAACGAGACAAUGCUGAGGCUCGGUAUAUUUGGAUUCCUGGCAUUCGGUUUUGUUUUCAUCACCUUUGGCUGCCACUUUUAUGACUUCUUUAACCAGGCCGAGUGGGAGAAGAGCUUCAGAGAAUAUGUGCUGUGUGAAGCCAACGUGACCAUCGCCUCUCAGACCAACAAGCCCAUCCCAGAAUGCACCAUUAAGAACCGGCCCAGCCUGAUGGUGGAAAAGAUUAAUCUGUUCUCCAUGUUUGGGACGGGAAUAGCCAUGAGCACCUGGGUGUGGACCAAAGCCACCAUCCUCAUCUGGAAACGCACCUGGUACAAGAUCAUUGGCCGCAGUGACAACGAACCCAAGAGGAUAAAAAAGAGCAAGAUGAUUGCCAAGGCGUUCGCGAUGAGGAAGGAGCUUGACAAGGACCCAGAGAAGGAGCUGUCCUUCAGCAUGCACACCGUGUCCCACGACGGUCCAGUGGCUGGAAUCAAUUUUGAGCUGAACGAGCCGUCCAAUGACGUGUCGUCGGCUUGGGCGCAGCAUGUGACCAAAAUGGUGGCCAGACGAGGCGCCAUCCUGCCUCAGGACAUUUCCGUGACCCCGACUGGUACACCAGUACCACCUCCAGAAGAGAGGAACAGGCUGUGGAGGGUGGAAGCAGAGAUUUCCCCUGAGAUGAUAAAGAGGAAAAAGAAGAAGAAGAAGAGGAGGAAGGAGGUGCGUCCGGUUGAGGAGGAGCGAGACUAUCAGGCUUAUCGCCAGCGCGAGUUUGGCCGCAGCUCGGUGCCGCGGCUACCCAAACUUCCCUGCCACCCAAGCCUGAUCGCCAAUCUGUGUGAGCAGCAGAAGCAGCUGCAAAAGAUGGAAGAGGAAGUGCUACCGGGGUCUUGCCUAGACACUGAACCCUCGCACCGUCCGUCCUGUGAGGACAGGUGUCUCUACCUGCAGUGCCAGAGCGGCUGGAACAGCUACAGCCACCGCCUGCUUCCCAAACCCCUGAACUACAGCAACUGUCCGGACGGCCUGGACCUCCGGCCGCGCUGCAACCCCUCGGCUUCGGGCCGGCAGCCCGGCGAGUCUUCCCGCUACCCUGCAGAGAUGGAUCUCACUAACGGGCUGUCGGAGAGAAUGGCCCAGGUGGCUCGAGUACCGGCGGGCCGGAGGGCCGGCUACGGACCCAUCCACUCCAGGACAAAUUUAAUGGAGGCGGAACUUAUAGAUGCUGACUCUGACUUCUGAUAUGAAAACGACUCUUAAUAUACUGCUUUGUGGUACAUACAGUAAGCUAGAGGAAAAAGUGCUGGAUACUUUCACACACUCUUACUAAAGUGCACCGAUUCCAGACGUCGUCAGGAUGAAACAAAGCCGGUCAGCUUUUGACUUCUUUUUAUUUUGAUCAUGCUAUUUUAAGAAAAUGUAAGGGAUAACUUCUUUUUUUUUUUUUAAAGAUGUUGUGAAUAAGUUAACAAAAAAUAUUUUUUUAUACUUUAUAUGUCACAUAAAAUUUCAAAGGCAACUCCAUGACUCCACACAGAUGAGGCAGCUAAACGGCUCAAAGCAACAGAUUGUUUUUUCCUGAAAGCGUUCAUCAGCAGUUUUAGAAGACCAUUUUAAAGCCAGUUCUAACUAUUAAUUUCUUUUCCCACUAUUAUAGUGACUGUUAUAUAAAUACUGUACAGGAAAACAGCUACCUGAAUCUUUGUUUGUAUUAUAUUUUAAUGUUUUUAAAACUCCAUGAUUUCUCUUCUCACUGCUAUUUAGUCACCUAAUAACGUUUUUAUGUACAGUUAUCUUGUGGUACUCACAAUUAGUACUUAUAUGUGCUAAUAUCACAGGAAUAAUCACAAAAUAGCCAUCCUUUGAGAUUUUUCCUUCAACAUUGUGUAACACACUGGGAUUCAACACAUGUAAGGAUGUACACGGACGUUUCACAACGUAAUGAUCUACUUCGGUUUUAAACAGAAUUGCUCCAAUUAUAUUAUUCUCACUUUUUUUUUCUUCCUUCAGAUAAUUAGUAAUACGAUUUUGCUCAUCUGCUGUUCCGUUUCGUCCCCUCUUGACUGCCAGUGGCAGUAAACGGAGGUGAUAUGCCUUCUCGUACUUCUCAAGUUUAUUUUCAUGUAAACGAAGUCACGUGUGAUCUGUCGGAACCGUAGCCCUAUAAUUACCGCCAGGUGUGUGGACUGAGUCACCUGUGUGACUGACAGUCAUCCAGGUUCUGCCAAUCCUUGCUCUCUGCCGAGAAAUGUUACAUUGUGGCUCUGCGCAUGCGCAGUCGAUUUUCAAAGUUUGAUUGCCACGCCCAUCAUUUCUUGCAUGAUGUAUAAUUGAUAUGGGAUGUUGAGUAUUUGAUCCUUCAAAAUACACUACCCAUGACAUGAAUUGCAUUACACUUUGUGAACAUUAUACGAUAAAGAGAAAAAAAACAAUUAUAUCGCUUUAUUUGAUAUUCAUUCAGUCAUUGGCCUUUAUUUAACCAGGCAGGUCAUAAGAAAAACAUUCUUAUUUACAAUGACGGCCUGGCAAGCGACAAGGACCACUUGGGGGGAAAAGGAAGUGGGCUACGGAGUAAAACACAGUAAAAUUGUAGCUCUACAAAGGUAGAAAACCAUUAGGGAGCAUUUUUUGGCAAAGCAGCAGAAAUUGGCAGAACACCGGCACUCACAGAACCAGUUACCUUGGCAACUUCGGUUAUUGUACUUACUACAGGCUAUUAAUUUCUAUUCGCUCUGUUGCCAAGCGCAACUUUUCAAAUCCCAAAUAUACAUACACACAAUGUUUUUCAGGGACAAAGCAAUAGAAACUGCAUGGGUUUGACAAUUGAAGCACGUGACCAGAGCCAUCUUGGUUGUUUUGAGUGGAGGUUCUAAUUUGGCUGUGGGCGUGGCCUCUUGUCUGAGUCAUCACAUAAGCCCCGCCCCCAUUGCGACUGGCUCCACACGCACCAGACCAGAGCAAUUUUCACAAAGUGAAUGGCUGCGGCUGACCUGCUUACGAUCGCUUGUAUAUUUUUUACUCUGACCCUUGUACAUUUUUAGAAGAGUUAUUUUUGUAACUAAAAUAUUUUUUCUACGUGAAUUCAGUUUAACCUGGGCUUCAUAUGCUUUUAUCCUCUUAAAAAUCCCUUCAUGGAUCUGGAUCACAGUUGACCCAGAAGUCAUUUUUACCCCCAAAUCUUCCACUUUCUUUUAAUGUGCCAGCUGUAAAUAGACUCUUCAGAGCUUUCACGGUAUGCUUAUAAUUUGUACAAAUUUGCAGAGUUGAUUUAAAAAAUAAAAAAGGGAAAAGUGAACAGUUAUAGACAAAUCUGUGAUUGUACUUUGUGUUGUCACCAAAAUGUCAGUUUUCACUCACUUUGGAGAAACAAGGCUGAAGAAAACACAUUUUGUGUUUUUUUUCUUUGUUUUUUAUAUGUCUUACAAAUUGAUGUAAGAUGUGGAUGAGAGAAAUAUUUAUAUUAUUAGUAGCUGCCACACUGUGGUGAAAUACUGCAUAGCUCAUGUCCACCUUGAAAGCUUAUGUUUGACGUUCUUUAUGAUAUUAAAUGAAGAUUACUUUUAACUUUUCAUGCCUUAAAAGUAACUUUUAUUUUAGUAUGUUGUCACGAGAUUUACUGUGUUGCUUUCUGUGUUUAGUCUCCCAACUGUGUUAAAAAAACAAAACAAAAAAAGUUACUGUCACUUUUAUCGUGCAGCUGUGCUUUGUUGUUUUUAUACGUCAAUAAAAGUAAUCUACGUUU